AUGUCUUCCAAAGGUCGAUUCGCUGGUAGACCCAUGGAUAGGGUAUGGUUCAUCUUCUGCGUCGUAGUAACCUUAACACUCGAUUGUACUCAUCUUUACCCACCUGCUUUAAUAGCUAAAACACCAUUACCGAGAUUCCAAAAAUGGUAUAUCGCUUGGUCUCGUGAUCCCAUCGUUACGGGAGCGACGGGAACAGCUGCUGAAUGGGGUUGGUUGAGAACUUUUGUUUGGAUGGAAUUGUUAUUCCAAGUUCCAUGUUUCUUGAUUGGUGCUGUGGGAUUGUAUCGUAAUGAUAAACGUGUUUAUCCGAUCUUACUGGCAUACGGAGCAUCAACAUCCACCACCCUCAUCCCAGCUUUAUCGGCAAUCUUGACUUACCCAGUUCAACCUCCUCUCACCAAAGGUGAAAUCGGAACGUUGUUAGCUAGUUAUUUACCGAUUUUGAUCUUACCUACGAUUUUGGUCAUAGAUAUGAGUAUCAGGAUUUUGGGGAUUAUAAAAGUUGCAGAAGAGAGGAAGAGGGUGUGA